AGCUGGCGGUUGUUGUGGCGGCGUUGGAGGCCAGUCAGGGAGGGAUUUAGCUGCUGUGGCUCCUUCUUUUCUUCUCCUUCUCCUCUUCCCCACGUUUGGGAGAGAAAAACUUUCCUCAACGAAUAUUAUCAUCAUCAUCAUCAUCAUCCCCAUUCCUCCAACUAAAGAGAAAGAGUCUACAGAAGAACUUCCCAGUGGGACCCCUUUAGGCCUCCACAGAUCAAAGAUGUCUGUUCAGACCUGAUAUUUAUAAUGCAGUGAUUCACUACACUGAGGAAACUUAACAUGGCCUAGAUGAAUUGACCUUUGGAAACUUGAUGAUGUCCACAGCUACAAGUUGCAGGAAAAACCAUCAGGCUGUGAGCCUAGAAGGAGUUGACCCAGAAACCUGCAUGAUAGUUUUUAAAACCCACUGGACACAGGUUGUAAAAAUCUUAGAGAAGCAUGACCCUUUAAAAAAUGUUCAGGCCAAAUAUGGGGUAAUACCUCCAGAUGAAGCCAGUACUGUGCAAAAUUAUGUAGAGCACAUGCUCUUCCUUUUAAUUGAAGAACAAGCAAAAGAUGCAGCAAUGGGGCCUAUCCUGGAGUUUGUGGUCACAGAGAAUAUUAUGGAGAAACUCUUCCUUUGGAGUCUGAGGCGGGAAUUCACUGAUGAGAUGAAAAUUGAACAACUGAAGAUGUAUGAAAUGCUUGUCACUCAGUCCCACCAGCCCCUGCUGCAUCACAAACCCAUCCUGAAACCUUUAAUGAUGUUGUUGAGUUCUUGCUCAGGAACUACAACCCCAGCUGUGGAGGUAGAGCUGGUAGUUCUUCUCAACCAGCUCUGCUCAAUCCUAGCCAAAGAUCCAUCCAUCUUGGAACUCUUUUUUCAUACCAGCGAGGACCAAGGAGCUGCAAACUUCCUGAUUUUUUCACUCUUGAUUCCUUUCAUCCAUCGAGAAGGGACUGUUGGCCAGCAGGCUCGUGAUGCACUACUUUUUAUAAUGUCACUUUCUGCAGAAAACAGCGUAGUUGCAAAUUACAUAGUAGAAAACACUUACUUCUGUCCGGUGCUAGCAACAGGCUUAAGUGGCCUAUAUUCAUCUUUGCCUACAAAGCUGGAAGACAAGGGAGAAGAAUGGCACUGUCUGCUGAAAGAUGAUUGGCUUCUUUCUCCAGCUCUUGUCCAGUUUAUGAAUUCACUUGAGUUCUGUAAUGCAGUAAUACAGGUGGCCCAUCCCUUGAUUCGCAACCAGCUUGUGAGCUACAUUUAUAAUGGGUUUCUAGUACCUGUUAUGGCCCCAGCUCUCCACAAGGUGACUGUGGAAGAGGUAAUGACUACAACAGCAUACUUGGAUCUCUUCUUGAGGAGUGUUUCAGAGCCAGCUUUACUGAAGAUUUUCCUUCGGUUCAUCCUGCUCCACCGUCAUGAAAAUGUGCACAUCCUGGACACACUCACAAGCCGCAUAAACACUCCAUUUCGGCUCUGUGUUGUGUCCUUGGCAUUGUUCAAAACACUUAUCAGCUUGCAUUGUGAAGAUGUGAUGCUCCAGCUAGUUUUAAGGUACUUGAUACCCUGUAAUCACAUCAUGUUCAGCCAAAGAUGGGCUGUGAGAGAACGAGACUGGUAUUCUGUAUCUGCUGCUAGAUUGCUUGCCUUGACUCCAGUUUGCUGCUGUAGUGGAAUUACUUUGACUUUUGAAAGACAAGAAAAAGAUUAUAUCCUGUGGAGAAAGAACAUGCAUGGGGCAGGUUCCCCUGAAGAGUACAUAACUGGAGGUGUUAUUGACUCCAAAUGUAUUGUUGAAUAUGGGAAAACAGUUGAUAUUAGUUACCUGCAGUACCUCUGGGAUGCUCAAACCCUUAUACUGCACUGCAUGAAAGAUUGUGAGAUUUGGUCUGCUCCAUAUGAUGGUGAAAAUCCUGAUCCAUAUACCUUUAUACAAACACUUGCUGAAGAGGAUGGUAAAAACCUAAAUCAGUCCAUUUUCCAACUUAAGUACAGAACCCCUAGCAACUCUGGUUCCUCCCAUGUGGCUCAACUGGGGGAAAAGAUGCAGCUAGAACUAGAAUGGGAUGAUAGCUAUGAUACAGGGAUAUCUCCUGGAUCAGAUAUGGGUUCACCUCAGCAUGAUGAUAAUUUACAAAGUGUAGACACACAACCUCCUACCUUGCCACCAAAGCACAUUCAAGAGAUGAAGAAAAAUGCAAUAAUGUUGAUCAAAGGGUCGUAUAUAGAGGAGUCAGAUUUUCAAGAUGAUGUCAUGGUUUAUAGGUUAUGUGCUCAGAAAGAUGCGCAGGAAGUGAACAGCUCAAAAGAAGAACUUUUAACAUCAGAAUCUCCGAACACACAUAACCCAACCAUGGUCUUUAUUAAUGAUACCCUUAAACAUCCCCAAUCAGAAUGCAGUGUGAAAAAUCAAAACAUAACUAAAUCCACAGCAGUUGAGAUCCACGAAGGAACUGCUGAAACAAGCCCACAGUCUGACUUGGAACUGAAAUUGUCUUCCACAGAAGCAGAUCACAAUGGUAAUGUGAAAUUGCUGAGCCCAGAAAAUGAGGAUUUUAUUUCUCAAUGUGAUAACAUCAUUAAAGAAUUGGAUUCUAACACUACAGGGUUAGUAGAACUUAAAUUGCUUAUUCCUGAUGCUAUUUCUCCUGUGGAAGAAGAAGAGGACUUUGAAAAUUUUUCAGCUGACACUCCAUCCACAGAAAGUAUGCCUUCACCCUUUGGGCCCAAAGAGACAUGGUUGAGCAAUCCUGCAAGGAUCCAGAAUAUCCCAUUUACAGGGCCAUUUAUCAGUGUGGUGCUAUCAAAGCUGGAAAAUAUGUUGGAAAACUCUUUGCAUGUGAAUUUGCUACUCAUUGGUAUAAUUACUCAUCUGGCUAGUUACCCACAACCUCUUCUCCGCUCCUUUCUGCUUAAUACCAACAUGGUAUUUCAGCCUAGUGUGCGAUCAUUGUACCAGGUGCUGGCAUCUGUGAAAAACAAAAUUGAGCAGUUUGCUUCCAUUGAAAAGGAUUUUCCUGGUCUUCUCAUACAAGCCCAACAAUACCUCCUUCUACGGGUGGACAUGUCAGAUAUUUCUCCAGAGUCAUUGACCAAAGACAACAUGCAGCACAACAACAUCACUGGGAAAGGUAGAAACCUUUCAGAGGCUUCCCAACUCAUCCUGCAGCCCUUCUUGGGAAGUAAAGCAAAGAAAGGAACAGCUCUUCCCAGCGUUCCCCUGCACAUCCGAAAUGCCAUCUUAGCGGCUGCCCUCUUCCCAGAGUUUCUCAAGGAGCUAGCUGCUCUUGCACAGGAACAUUCCAUUCUAUGUUACAAAGUAUUUAGUGAUUUAGAAGAUUAUUAUUAAAUUUAAGACUUUUUUUAAAAAAAAGACAUUUUAAUUUUUGUUUUAAACACAAAAACUACUUAUAAAGGAAAAUGUUACUUUAUAUUCCUGGUAAUACUUGAUUCAGGGGAAAUUGUUACAUCUUUAUGGUGGGCCUUAUUUCCAACUGUGCAGCGUACAGACUUUGUGUAUUAAUGAAACUAUUUUUAAUUUUAUUUUAUUCUUGUCACUGAUUUUGCUUACCUCAUAUUCUCUCUUUAGAAAUUUACAGUAGAUAUUCUGGUUUAAAUUUAUCUGAGUAAAUUGCUACAUACAGGAGUGGACAACAUGGCUCCCUAGAUGCUGAACCUCAACUUGCACCAGUGCUUUCAAUCAUAAUUUAUGGCAAAGGAUGAUGGGAGUUGUAAUCCAACAUCUAGAAGGUCAAACCUUGUCCACCCUUGAACUAUAGGUAGUUUGAGGAGGCGUUGGGGGAGGUAAUUUUAAAGAAUAUUUAUGUGACCAUCACGACAACUCCAAUAAGCCUUUUGAGUAAAUGAUGUUUUAAGUACCUUUCAAAAGGGGAAUUAACAAUUCCCCCCUAAAUUCUUCUUUACCAGUAGCUGAAGUUUUGAAUCCAAAUGGAUUCAGUGUAUACAAGUCCAUUACUUAGUGAUGUCAGGUGCUGAACAUAUUACCAUAUUGCCUUAUGGUGUGGACAAGUCUGACACUCUCUUCUGUUCACUCCUUUGAAAUGUAGAUGAAACAAGUAAAUGUUGCAUAUAGACUAUGUGGAGUUAUUUUCUGCCAUUUCUAAGCAUCCUCUGGAGGGGGGGGGGAGAACCUAGAUUGCUACCUAAGCACUCCAGCCUUAUUUUAGUAAGAUUUGCACAUGGUAAAAUGUUUCUAUGCAAGCUGUAACUUUUCUAGAACAAGUUUGUACACUUUUAUUGAUAAGCUGAAGAUUCUAGUAAAUGUUUUAGUAAUGUUUAAAAGGCUAACUUCCUCUGGAAGUUGUUGCUACCUAUUUUAUAAGUCAUAAUUUUGUAAAAUGGAAAAGAAUAGCUUGCUUCUAUAAGCUAUUUUUAAAAGUUUAAAUGCUACUGGGCUCAGGAAAAGUUUUGUGGUACUUGUAAACACUGGCUAUUUAUGAUGUGUAUUGGCUUGUCCCAAUAUUGCACUUGUGAGGGAUGCCAGAAGUGUAGGAGAGGUUGCUGCCUGGGAUAUAAACACUGGGACCUGUUGCAGUUGUCCAAUUGUUUAAGAAUAUUUUCUUUUCUGAGUAAUGAGACUCAUUAAAACAGGUCCAAACAUGAUGAAUUGGAACAUUACAGCUGUAUUUCAGCUAGUGCUAGUAAAAGUAAUUAUUCUCCAGUGCUGAAGUUGGCUUUGUGUAACUAAUGCUUUAGUACUUGAAAGCCUUCAUUUUCUUUUACAAUAGGUAGGAAUGAGAAACUGCUUCAAAACCAUUGGAAAGAAGCUAUUAAGACAGGGUUUGAAAGCAAUUAUUUUUUAAUGUGUUUGUAAAUUGUGCACUGAUGUAUUAAUAGUAUCAGGGAGAGUUUGUAUCCUUGUUAUCUAUACACCUGCAUAGAUAUGUUGUUCAGAAAUCUCUUUAGUUGAUUGCCCCAUGCUUUCCAGAAAAUCAUUCCUUUAGAAACACAACGUUGAGAAAAGAUUAUUGCUCACCUAGUUUUGUCCUAAUCUGGUCUCUUGACCUUGUCUCUGGUACCACCUGUGGAAGCAGAAACAGAAAUUUGCAGGCCAUAGAAAACAAAUAGGAAGGCUCCAUCUUCUUAUAGGUUGUCCAAGCACCUGAAAGUUGCAGAGCACUUUUUGAGGUAAGGGCUUGGCAGUGCUAUCUUUAGCACGUUUUCCAUGUCUGUUGAUAUCUUUGUGCUGUGUUCCAGUUCUUCAGUAAAUACAGCUGCCUCAUAAUUUUAGUCUUGGUAUAUAGUACAUAGGGGAAGAUACAUCAUUUGAAUGUAUAUAUGUGUGUGUGUUAACUGCAGCUAAUUUUAAAACUGCUGCCAAUAACUACUAUGUUACUAUACAGUAACCACACACACUUAUUUGAAAUUCAGCUAGCUGCGAUUUUAAUUCAUGAAAAUUACUGCUAUAAUUUGGACAGUUCACCUGAUCAGGAUUCCUGUCUGCUGCAAUGUAUACAAAUCUUUGCUAUAUAUGUAGCUUAUCCAGUCACUUUAUCACAGAUUUUAAUAUUUUUAUGUAUUUAUUACACCUCGGGUGAAUAUUCUGCUCCAGCUUCCAAAUGUUAGAAUGUAAUCAGCUAGGGCUGAGGAGAGGUGCAGUUUUAACAUUUGGGGCCUCACUUUGUCUGCUUCUGUGCUGCUCUGCUGUAAGGCAUUCAGGGCAAUCCACAAUUUGUGAAUACAAUGUAUGCUUAUUGCAUUUACCUUUUAAUAGAAGCAAGCUACAGUUACAGUGGCCAUAUAUACUUGAGUGGCUGUUUCCUCAAAAAACAAAGGGUUUUGGUCUCCGUAACUGCCACACUGACAGUUUUCAGAGACCAAAAUUGCAGGGUGUAAAGUAAGAUCUGGCUACCAUUUGUGUAAUUCAGUUAUGAAAUAACCCCACUUUAUUAUUUUCAGUUAUUGCAAUAGUUCACAUUUUGAAGAUAACUUGAUUUAAUAAGAAAUUUGCCAAACUGCUUUUACUAAAGUUGUACUUCACUUCUAGUGUACACUCCUUAUUAACAUUUGUGAAGCUAAAAGCAGAGAGGUGGAUAAAAUUCUGACUUUUGGCUUUAAUGAAAUUCGUUCUAUUUACAAUAUGAAUUAAGGGUUAAAAGAAACUCCUCAUAGACUUUUGGAACGUUAGCAAUUAAAACAAGGCAUCAUCAUCAUCAUCAUCAUAUAAAAUUUAUUUAUAUCAUGGAUUUACAUACCUUAAAAAGUAAUAAUUCCAACCACAAAAUGUUGAGAAGUAGACCAUUCUUUGCCCAUGUGAGUGCAAAAUGCAAGAUGGAGUUGCUUAUUCUGCUUUGUGAUUUUCACAUCAAAAGCAACCAAAUCUUGUGAAAAUUCCCUUGAAAUUGAGUGCUGCAGUAUUCCAGUGUAAUUAUCCAAGCCAUGGUUAUAGCACUAAUUCAAGCUGUAGUGUUGUAAUUAUUCCUAUAUAAAUGCCAUCUCAGGGAAAGUGAAAAUUGCAUCUUGGUUAAUGUGGCUUUGGAUUGCUGUGCGUAACUAAGCUAUUUGGGAUAAUUCAGUGAUGGGUACCAGCCCCAAAAGACAUUUAAAAAGCGAGCUAGCUCUGAAUUACUUCUUUAGCAGCAAUAGUUAACAACUGUACCCCACAAAUUCAGCUCAUACAAAGCAUUUUACUUAUCAAGUAUUGAUCUACCAGAUACAUGACUGAACCAGGUACAAGUGACUGAAUGUUUCAGUGUCCAUCAGUCUGAAGCUUUGCAUUCAGGAGAUCUUUGUAUUCAGGCUAUGUUUUAAGUACCAGUUCCUCAAUUCCUUGCAGUCUGAAACUGUGUGAUCCAGAAAUCAUAGUUACCACUCUAAGGGCUGUAGCUUUAUUCACAUUAAGUGAAGCUUUAUUACAACUUCUCUGUGGAUUUGCAGUGAGAGAUAUUGGGCACUCUACCAGUUCAGAGAGAGCAGUUAUUCAUGGUGUUGCCAGUUCACUAUUAAUGUGACAGCAAAUGCUUUGAUUUCAGUUGCCCAGUGGAGUAGAGGGUGGAUGUCUGUUUCUCAGGGAUGAUUUACCUGUAGAUUCAUGCAAUGGCACUGAAACAUUCUCUAUACCAAAGAUGGGAAGCCCAUGAUAUUCCUGAUUGUUGAACUCUUCCCAACUCUAUCAUCCUAAACCAUUGGCUUAGUUAGCUGGAGAUGAUAGAAGUUAACGUCCAACAGCUUUCUUCCUCUGUAGGUAAGCUGAUGUUCCUUGUAUAUGCUGUUAGGAGCCUGGAUCACAGCCUUCUUAUUCUCUCCCCCUGCCCCCCUUCCUGGCAGCAUUAUACAUCUGUGGUGUAGCUUCCUCUAUUUACAAGAAGGCUGGUUGCAUACUAGUGCCACAGAUUUUUACUACAUCUAUCUAAAUAUAAUGUACAGUCAGCCCUCCUUAUCCACAGAUUUUUUGUUCAUGGAUUCAAGCAUCCAUGGCUUGAAAAUAUUCCAAAAAAGUAUAAAUUCCAAAUGGCAAGCUUUGAUUUUCAAU